CUCUCGUCUACUGCAGCCCCUGCGCCGCCAGCUCCUGACACAGGAUGCCGUCGGGCUUCCAACAGAUCGGCUCCGAGGAAGGGGAACUCCCCCAGCAGCGAGUGACAGGGGCACUGGUCCUCGCUGUGUUCUCUGCUGUGCUUGGCUCCCUGCAGUUUGGCUAUAACAUUGGGGUCAUCAAUGCCCCACAGAAGGUGAUUGAACAGAGCUACAAUGAGACAUGGCUGGGGAGGCAGGGGCCUGAAGGGCCCAGCUCCAUCCCGCCUGGCACCCUCACCACCCUCUGGGCUCUCUCCGUGGCUAUCUUUUCUGUGGGCGGCAUGAUCUCCUCCUUCCUCAUUGGCAUCAUCUCCCAGUGUCUGGGAAGGAAGAGGGCCAUGCUGGUCAACAACGGCCUGGCAAUGCUGGGGGGUGCCCUCAUGGGCCUGUCCAAAGCUGCUGCCUCCUAUGAGAUGCUGAUUCUCGGAAGGUUCCUCAUCGGUGCCUACUCAGGGCUGACGUCAGGCCUGGUGCCCAUGUAUGUGGGGGAGAUCUCCCCCACUCACCUGCGCGGUGCUUUGGGGACACUCAACCAACUGGCCAUCGUCAUUGGCAUUCUGAUUGCCCAGGUACUGGGCUUGGAGUCCAUCCUGGGCACUGCCACCCUGUGGCCAUUGCUUCUGGGCCUCACAGUGCUGCCUGCCCUCCUGCAGCUGGUCCUGCUGCCCUUCUGCCCGGAGAGCCCACGCUACCUCUACAUCAUCCGGAACCUGGAGGGGCCCGCUCGCAAGAGUCUGAAGCGCCUGACUGGCUGGGCCGAUGUAUCUGGAGCACUGGCAGAGCUAAAGGAGGAGAAGCGGAAGCUGGAAUGUGAGCGGCCACUGUCCCUGCUCCAGGUCCUGGGCAGCCACAUCCACCGGCAGCCGCUCGUCAUUGCAGUUGUGCUGCAGCUGAGCCAGCAGCUCUCAGGCAUCAAUGCAGUUUUCUAUUAUUCAACCAGCAUCUUCGAGACGGCAGGGGUAGGGCAGCCAGCCUAUGCCACCAUAGGAGCUGGUGUGGUCAACACAGUCUUCACAUUGGUUUCGGUAUUCUUGGUAGAGCGGGCUGGACGCCGGACACUCCACCUCCUGGGCCUGGCGGGAAUGUGUGGCUGUGCCAUCUUGAUGACUGUGGCUCUGCUUCUGCUGGAGCGGGUUCCAGCCAUGAGCUAUGUCUCCAUCGUGGCCAUCUUUGGCUUUGUGGCCUUCUUUGAGAUUGGCCCUGGCCCCAUCCCCUGGUUCAUCGUGGCCGAGCUCUUCAGCCAGGGACCCCGUCCAGCAGCCAUGGCUGUGGCUGGUUUCUCCAACUGGACCUGCAACUUCAUCAUUGGCAUGGGCUUCCAGUAUGUUGCGGAGGCUAUGGGUCCCUACGUCUUCCUUCUAUUUGCGGCCCUCCUGCUUGGCUUCUUCAUCUUCACCUUCUUAAGAGUGCCCGAGACCCGAGGCCGGACGUUUGACCAGAUCUCGGCUACCUUCCGCCGGACCCCCUCUCUUUUAGAGCAGGAGGCGAAGCCCAGCACGGAACUGGAGUACUUAGGGCCAGAUGAGAAUGACUGAGGGGCAAGGAGAGGGACAGCCUCCGGCCCCCCAGAGAACCCCUCCUUUCCUUCCUCUGCAGCACUUUAACCCCCUCUUCCACAGUACUUUCAGGGUGGAGAAAAUCCCUUCAGCCUGGUAGGAUUGGGAAGCUGGAGGGAAGGGUGGUCUAAGCACCCCCUUAUCCCCUCGCGUGACUCUCUUGGAUUAUUUGUGUUGUGGUUAGGCUGUGGCCGUCAGGUGGGCUGUUCCCCUCUCUCCCGCUUCCUCCCCACCCUGCCCAGCCUCAGUCCAGAAUACUUUCCUUGGCUAGAGAGGGGAUUGGAAGGAGGCAGGCUCUAGGACUGACUUUCAGUGGGAGCUGAAACUGAAGCAGAGGGCAGAAUGGGUGAAGUCAAGUUUCCUGCCACUUUGGACUCCUCCCAGGACUUGGCACCUUCUCUGAAUUCUGGCCACCCAGGCUCUGGGGGCAGGGG